GCCAAACUGCUUUUGCUUUAGCCUAUAGCGAGCCUAUAACGAGGGCAUUACAAUGACAAAGCCAUGUCGUCGCGGGAAAUCCCAGAGCAAGAGUUCUCAUUUCGGUGCGGAGCCCCCUAACAAACAGACCACAGAAACUGUGUAGUCAGUUAGUGACGCGCUCAGGCGCAUUUUCACACCAACCUUGUGUCUGUUAGUGUGCCCGCCUCACAUGCAUUCCAUUUCACCUGUUGACGACGACAGCUCACUACGAUCUGUCAUUUUCACUGGGAGUGAUUUGAAAGGAUUUAAUCAAACCAGAGCGGAGAAAGGAAAAUAGAGACAUCAAAGGAAUCCAGGCGGGAUAUGACAGCAAACAGAAACUCUGAAAGUUCUCUGGAUAUAGUUCGUAUGAUUGAAAGCGAAAGCGCGCGCCCGGUCCAAACCCAUCACUUCUUUAUUUAGUCACUGUUUUUAUGAGCGUCUAUUUUCUUCAAAUUCAGCGUCAACAAUACACGUUCCCCACAACAAAAACGCUUUUGAAGAGAGAACGGCAUAUUCUCAGAAAUGCACCUUCACAAUAUAGACACCCCGAGGAGCCGAUGGGAGCAGGGCUUGCGGCCGCCAUGGGUCACCCGAUUGGCUGGAGGGCAAAGCCCCGCCUCUUCAGGGGUGGAGUCAGACACAGAGAGCAGCAGCACAGAGAGUGAGAGGUCCCCAGCCAAACGUUUAGAGGCGCGGUCACCGAGGAUCCUACUAUUGCCCUCCAUGCUGCAACAGCGAAUCACAGAGAUCGACCAGCAGAGGGAGGAGCUAAAGAUAGAGCUGCAGUUGGAGAUAGCCCUGUUGGAGGGCGAGCUGCAGGAGGAGAGGAACGAGCUGCGCAGACACACUCUGGGUCUACAGACACUGCAGGAGGAAGGCAGGCACAAGGAGACACACAGACAGACGGACAGACAGAAGGAGCGAGCCAGUCUGGAGGUGGAGAGGGCCCGGGUUGAGGAGCUGAGGAGUAGGUUGGUGGAGAAGGAGACACUGAUCCCCAGUCAGCCAGAGGGCCAGAGAGAGCAGCUACUGGUCCAACUACAACAGGAGAAAGAGAUGGUGGAUGCAGCCGGCCGGGUGUUCGAGGACUGGGAAUUCCGUGUCCUGGAGAGUGAGGCCGGAAUAGAGGAGGAGGAGAGCGAAGGAAAGAUUGAAGGGAAGGAGAGCGGGAACGAGGAAGAUAAGGAGAAGGAGAUCUCAUGCCAAAAGCAUGCUGUUUACUCAGCGCAGGAGCGAGUCCAGCAGCUUGAGAAGCAGUUGAAGGAGAUGGAGAGAGAGAAGGAUAGAGAGAUGAAUGCCUUGAGGAAGGAGAGGAAAGAGUUGCUCCACCCCACUCAAAGGGUCUUGAAAGAGAAGAAGCCACUCACUGAUUGGUCCAACAUCCCCAGCUCGGUCCCUUGCAUGAUGUCACUCUCGCCGCUGACCAUUCACAAAUCACCUCAGGAACAAGCCAAAGAAUCCGCCAGUUUAUCCCGGAGACGGAGCUCGCACCGCAACAACAAGCUCGCUGAUAGGCCGGUCUCGGCGCAAGGGCUGGUGAGAAUGGUACCUGACAGUCCGAGCCCAGAGCGCUUCACUUCCCCCCUCCCCUCUCACCGGCACAGCAACGGGCACAGCAACGGGCACAGCAACGGGCACAGACCUGGGCCCAGCAAUGGCAGUGGUCUCCUCACCCCCUGUAACAGUGCUAGUAGCUCCCGUGCUGCCAGCCCGAGUCUGGGACUGUUAAACCUGGUGGAGAUUGAGAGGAGACUGAGGGAGGCCAAGGCAGAGAGAGAGCGGCUUCUCAAAGAGAGGGAGGAAAGGAGGCAGGUGGUAGUGGAGGAGAGGAGGCAGAGGGAGCUGGAGGGCCGAGGAGCAGCAGAACUAGUAGAGUCCCAGACCAGGCCGGUCCCUGACCCAGAGGAGCAGCCCAAAACCACCAGUCCAGUCCCCAGCUCCCCUGAGCGCUUCCUACCUCUCUUCCUCUCUGCGAACUUUGAUCUGCGGGCCCACGUGGAGUCGCUGGGUCACGGGGUGGCGGGGUGCAUGGGCCUGCGUAUGUCCCCUCGCCGCUGUGCCGGCUUCUUGACCAAGCGAGGAGGGCGGGUCAAGACCUGGAGGAGGAGGUGGUUCCUCUUCGAUAUGGACCACAGGCGGCUAGCCUACUACACAGACUGUGAUGAGAGGAAGCUAAAGGGGGUGAUCUACUUCCAGGCUAUAGAGGAAGUCUACUAUGACCACCUGCGCACAGCCACUUCAUCUCCGCGGCCCAGCCUUACGUUCUGUGUGAAGACGUACGAGCGCCUCUUCUUCCUGGUGGCGCCCAGCGCCGAGGCCAUGAGGAUCUGGAUGGACGUCAUUGUCACAGCAACAGACGAGCACAGCCGCUACUGACUUUGACUUUACACCUGCCCCCUUUCCUGUGUCUGUCUGACCUUCCCCUUGGGCUGAACCUCCAUUCACCUGGCUGACUUGGGUAACCUGGCUACAGUUUCAGCAGUUUACAUUAUGUGGGGAAAACUGCGCCGAACAUAAUAUUCAGGAAAGCGCUUCCUGAAGGAACUGACAUUUGAUUCUGGAUAGUUUCUUAGGAGCUUUGGUGGCAUGGGACUGAGUGGCAGACUGUUACAGGUUCUGUGUGGAACAAGAGAUGUUUAGAGGAUGGAGGAGGGACAAGGCCAUGGGAAUAUAAAGACGUGGAUGUGCAAGCUGGAGCAACCAUUGGACAUUGUGGAGUCAGUGCCAACCAUGAUAUACUGACAGACAAACCUAUGAUGUUUUUAUUAGUCUCAAAUCAGGAUUUAAUGGUUGGUGUCUCUCUACCAGCUGUGUUUGAGCUCCCUCUUGUGGCCAGAUUGAAGUAUUGAAGUACUACAGCUUCCGUUGAAAUAUACAGGUAGCUGCCAAAAUAAAGGAAACACCAGCAUAAUGUGUCUUAAUAGGUUGUUGGGGCCACCACGAGCAAGAACAGCUUCAAUGCACCUUUGUGUGGAUUCUACAAGGGUCUGGAAUUCUAUUGGGGGGAUGCGACACAAUUCUUGCAUAAGAAAUGCCAUACUUUUGUGUUUUGUUGAUGGUGGUGGAAAACAUUGUCUCAGGCACCGCUCCAGAAUCUCUUAUAAGUGUUCAAUUGGCUUGAGAUCUGGUGACUGAGUUGGCCAUGGCAUAUGGCUUUACAUAGUGUUAAUGCUCAUCAAAUCAUUCAGUGACCACUCGUGCCCUGUGGAUGGGGGCAUUGUCAUCCUAUGGUGGCAUAGCCAUGGUAGACAAAAUAAUAGCCAAAGUAAUGGCCUGCCCAGCAUUUUUAUACAUGACCCUAAGCAUGAUGGGAUAGCAAUUGUUUUAAUAACUCAGGAACAACACCUGUGUGGAAGCACCUGCAUUCAAUAUACUUUGCAUUCCUCAUUAACUCAAGUGUUUCCAUUAUUUUGGCAAUAACCUGUACAUGUAUAUCUAUGUUGACCAAAUAUAUAUUUUUCAUCUGUCAAAAGGGCUGUUCAGAGUCAAUAAAAACACUGACCGAGCAUUCAGUUCUCAAAAUGGAUUGUUUUUUUUUUACUAUCAACACAGAAAUACUAUAUGCUUAUACAUAUGUAUUAUUACUAUUAUUUUUAUUAUUAUCAUUAAAGGUUAUUCAUACAC